AUGACAUCUAUCAACGGCCGCCUCCAUGCCCAGGGCACCCACGAGUCAGUAUUAGAACUCAUUGGCCAAACACCACUUGUCCGCCUCAACAAGAUCCCCCAAACGCUCGGCAUCGAGGCAAAGGUCUAUGCAAAAUGCGAGUUUUUCAAUGCCGGCGGAAGCGUCAAGGACAGAAUUGCCCUCCGAAUGAUAGAAGAGGCAGAGAAAUCAGGACGCAUAAAGCCCGGCGAUACGUUGAUCGAGCCGACGAGUGGGAAUACUGGAAUAGGUCUAGCCCUAGUCGCCGCGGUGAAGGGCUACAAGACGAUCAUCACACUGCCUGAAAAGAUGUCUGCCGAGAAAGUGGCGGUCCUGAAGGCAUUGAACGCCACCAUCAUCCGCACGCCGACGGAAGCAGCUUACGACAGUCCAGAAUCGCAUAUCGGGGUUGCAAGAAGAUUGGAGAAGGAGAUUCCUAACGCCCACAUCCUCGACCAGUACGGCAACCCAGACAAUCCUCUGGCACAUGAACUAGGGACAGCGGAGGAAAUUUGGGAGCAGACGGAGGGGAAGAUCACGGCCAUCGUUGCGGGAGCUGGUACGGGAGGGACGAUCACCGGUCUAGCACGAGGUCUACACAAACACAAGAAGGACGUCAAGAUCAUUGCCGCCGACCCACAGGGGUCCAUCCUGGCCGUGCCGGCGUCGCUGAACGAAGAACACGCCAACGAACCCUACAAGGUAGAAGGCAUCGGAUACGAUUUCAUCCCAGAUGUUCUUGACCAGAGCGUCGUGGACAAGUGGUACAAGACAGAUGAUCGAGAAUCGUUCCACUAUGCGCGUCGACUAAUUGCAGAAGAAGGCCUGCUGGUCGGAGGGAGCAGCGGCUCAGCCAUUGCCGCCAUGUUAAAGGCGGCGCGCGACCUGAACCUCGGCAAGGACGAUGUGAUAGUCGUCAUCCUGCCCGACAGCAUACGUUCGUAUCUCACAAAAUUCGCCGACGACGACUGGCUUGCUGCCAACAACUUGCUGCCUCCCACGCCACCUCCGGAGCCUGCCUCGCCAGAACAAGAGAAGGCCAAGCAACACGAUGAUCCAUUCGGCGGCGCAACAGUGCGUUCGUUGCGUCUCAAGCCCGUCACCACCGUCACCUCCGACUCUCCCUGCUCGGCCGCCAUUGAAGUCAUGCGCGAGAAGGGCUUUGACCAGCUACCUGUUCUGGCACCCAAGAGCAGACGUCUUGUGGGCUUAGUUACGCUGGGAAAUCUUUUGUCCCGCAUCAGUCAUGGGCGCGCUACUCCCAAGUCGCCCGUGUCGGAUGCCAUGUUCGACUUCAGCAAAAUCCCCGAAGUCACGGUUGAUCCGCGUGACUUUAGCGACAUUGUCGCCCAGUCUGAAUCUCUGUUCUCAAGCGAGAUGACCGAGAAGAACGACGGCGAGAACGAAGCCAGAUCGCGCCCUCAACGUCGCCACAAGCGGAGAGAAUUCGUCGAGAUCACUAUGGAUACGCCUCUGAGCGCAUUGAACAAAUUCCUCGAAUGGCAGAGCGCCGCUAUCGUCACCGAACGUGAUCCUAAUGAGAAAACGGGCCAAGGCAAAGCACCGGCGUUGAAGCCCCUUGCUGUCGUCACGAAAGUCGACCUUCUGACUUGGAUGUUGAGCCAACAAAAACUGCAAUAG